GCCAUGUUCUGUAAUCAAUGUCAGGCAUUCUGGCACGAAACAUUUUCGAAAGCAAAAAUACCUCAAGCCAUCCAUUCGUGCGAAGAUGUCCACUGGGAAUAUCACGAAACAACCCUCCACAAUAGCAUUCGCGACCUGAAGCAGGCAUCUGAUCUUCGCUGCCGCUUAUGUCGCAUUAUAUACUUUACGCCGACCGAUCAUGAACACGAAACGCUUUUAAAAGAUGUGGACGAGCCGCUCAGUAUCGUGCUUACUAUUGAUCCAUCGAAAGGACCACACCCAGUGCUUUCAGCCGAAUUUCGUGAAAAAUCAGGUGAUGGCGCUAGGAUCUCGAAGCGCAUGGUGGCGUCUUGUAGUGGGCUGUUGAGUGACGAAAACCUUACAACCACAUUGAAGACCAGUGCUGAGUCAAACAACGAUAGCACUGGCUCAGAUGGCGCGCUUGAGCUCGCUGCUUUCUGGACGAAGACAUGCCUUGACGGUCACGACAAGUGUCGUCCGCCAGCUGGUCAUGGUGCUAGCUCUUUUGUGCCUACAAGGCUACUGGAUGUUAGCAGUAAUUCCAUUCGCCUCAUCGAAAGCGAACAAGAGAUCAAAGAGGGCAGCGAUCGGAGCUUCGUGGCACUUAGCCAUUGCUGGGGUCUUAUUCCAAUUAUCAGAACCCUGAUCGAUAACUACGAUGAGCAUCGUAAAGGUAUUGCCCCAGAGCGACUGUCGAAGACAUUCAGGGAAGCAGUUCACGCGACGCGCAAAUUGGGCUACCGCUAUAUAUGGAUCGAUAGUCUUUGCAUCAAGCAAGACGAUGGGGAAGACUGGGCAGCAGAGGCAGCCACGAUGUGCGACGUGUAUCAAUACGCAACGUUAACCAUCGCCGCUGCACAUGCACCUGGAGGUGAUGUCGGAUGCUAUGCUGAAAGAGACGGGCUACUGCAGCUUCCCUUCUUUAUCGAGCUGCCGCAAUCUGCUGUUUCAAAGGAACCUACUCGAAUCCAGUUCACAUCUUACGGGCGCGUCAAAGAUAUAGGUGGAGGUAAUCCCGCCUUAUACGGACGAGCAUGGGUUCUGCAGGAGCAACUUCUCUCCCCACGAAUGCUCAUUUUCGACGGAGCGCAAAUUAAGUGGGAAUGCUUAACCAUGCAUGGCUCAGAGAAAUCGCCUACUUCUAGUACAACGAGGCACAGUCUCUACUAUAAGUAUUGUGGCAUACUACGAUGCGCAUUCGAAUAGAGGAGGCAGGCAUUAAUCUGUAGUUAGUAAGACGUGC